AUGUCAUUUCUAGGUGGCGCGGAGUGUUCGACGGCCGGGAACCCUCUCAGUCAAUUCACCAAACAUGUCCAGGAUGACAAGAGUUUACAAAGAGACCGACUGGUGGGGAGGGGACCGGGCGGUAACAUGCAGGGCAUGCGGAGUACGAACGGGAUGGGCAUGAGUGGAAGUCAGGAUAACAUGAUGAAUGAGUUCAUGCAACAGAACGGACAGAUCCCCGAGGCGUUCGCGAUGCAGCAUGAUCUGCACCACAAUCCACAGAUGCGGGCAGGUUCCCAAUCGCCGGGCGUAAAUACAUGGGCGCAAGAAUUCCACCCGGGGGUUGAAGCACAAGGGAUGAUGGAGGCUGCGUUUCAAGCCCCCAAGGGCGCGGCGUUCAGCCCAGCCGACUUCGCUCGAUUCCAGCAGAUGAACCAGAGUGCGCCUCGGACGGCAAGCCCUAUGGCGCAGAGUAUGGGGAGCGGCUACUCCGGAUACCAAUCACCGAUGGGUAUGCCAAUGGGCAUGAUGGGUAUGGGCGGUAUGGGCAUGGGGAUGAUGAACCGGCCGAGCUUCCAAGGACCCCAGAAUUUCCAGCAGGAAGACAAGGGGAAGGGGAAGAUGAUCGAGCUCGAUGAUGAACAUUGGGAAGAACAGUUCAAGCAGAUCGAUCUGCAGGGAAAGGAACAGGAAGAAGCUGUGGCCGCCGAGGCAGAGCUUAAUGAAAUGGACAGGUCAGUCCUUGAAUCCGAAACCAAUGAAUUCGGUGAUUUCGAGUCUAUCUGGAGAGGCAUACAAGCUGAGACUGCCGCUGCUAGGGCGAUGGCAUCCGAUGAAAGUAUGUCGGGAGGUAUGGGAAUGCACAUGGGUGAUUUCGAUCACUGGGAUGGAUUUGAUGGCUUAGGGACUCACCAGUCGCCGUUCCGAGAUCCGCAAUUAGGAGAGUACAUGUUUGAAUCCGACAAUAUCUUCCGGGAUGUCAGUAAUCCCUUCGAAGAAGGAGUCCGGAUAAUGCAGGAGGGAGGCAACCUCUCCCUCGCAGCUCUAGCCUUCGAAGCUGCAGUACAAAAGGAGCCUGACCAUACCGAAGCGUGGGUGUUACUUGGCUCUGCACAAGCACAAAACGAGAAAGAAGCUCCCGCCAUACGGGCUUUAGAACAGGCUCUGAAGUUGGAUCCAAACAACCUCACAGCUCUCAUGGGAUUAGCAGUAUCAUACACAAACGAAGGCUACGAUAGUACCGCCUACCGCACCCUCGAACGCUGGCUCUCGGUCAAAUACCCAAAUAUAGUCUCCCCAUCUGAGCUCACCUCUGAUGCCGAUGUGGGCUUCACAGAUCGACAUCAACUGCACGAGAAGACCACGGACCUAUUUAUCCGCGCCGCCCAGCUUUCACCCGAUGGUGAGCACAUGGAUCCUGACGUGCAGGUCGGCCUCGGGGUUCUCUUCUACGGCGCUGAGGAAUACGGCAAAGCAGUCGACUGUUUCUCGGCCGCGUUAGCCAGCACCGAAUCCGGGACCAGCAACCAAAGGGAUCAAGUGCACCUCCUCUGGAACCGACUCGGCGCCACCCUCGCCAACAGCGGGCGGAGCGAAGAAGCCAUCGCCGCGUACGAGAAGGCCUUGGUGCUACGCACCAACUUCGUCCGCGCCCGCUACAACCUGGGCGUGAGCUGCAUCAACAUCGGCUGCUACGAAGAGGCGGCGGCGCACCUUCUGGGCGCCCUCGCCAUGCACGAAGUCGUCGCGAACGAGGGCCGCGAGAAGGCUCGCGACAUCCUUGGCGGCGGCGAGGGCAACGUCUCCGAGGCCGAGCUGGAGCGCAUGAUCAGCCAGAACCAGAGCACGAACCUGUACGACACGCUCCGGCGCGUCUUCAGCCAGAUGGGCCGUCGGGAUCUGGCGGAUCGGGUCGUGGUCGGUAUGGAUGUGGAGAGCUUCCGGAACGAGUUCGAGUUUUGA